AAGACAAAAACGCGACCAAACAUGUUCUGUGAUUCCUUAAAGAUAUACUGUAAUACAUAACAAACGGUUAGAGCACAUGGGCCGAUCUUCGAUCUUUGAAUGUUGACCUAGCUGAUUAUGUACGAAAAAUAUUACCGGAGAGAACUGAGAAGCUACGGAUGUUGUGCGAAAAGUAAAAGCCAGGCGUGGUUCGCAACGUCACAUUCAAAACAACAACAACUUCGUUGAUUGAGCCAAGCCGGUGUUUACUGUUGCCGUGUUGGUCCAUCGAUCGAUCGUACGGUAUCGUAUUCUACACCGUGUGUACAUCACGAUGGAUGAACGGCUGCGCAGUGCAUUGAUAGUGAAUGCAUCUCUCGUGGUGGACAAUGUGUACACGGAGUUUCUAACUCCAUUCCUGAUUGCCGACAGCAUUCUGAACUUUGCAGAAUGUGAGCUGAUAGAGAGCGAGCGCACGCAUCCUCUGAAGGCAGCAAAGCUACUGCAGAUCCUCCACACGAAGGAUUCGUCGGCAUACCACGGCUUCCGCGCGGCGCUCGCGCGCGCCGGCUACGACUACAUUGCCGAGAAGAUGGACGGCGAUGUGUCGGCGCGGCAGAUGGCGCAGGCCGAGAAGGCAGCUCCGCUAAGGAAGCCAACGCUCGAAGGCAAGCUGAAUUUAAUAUCGUCGAUAGCAAAAUUCUACGUUCCGGAUCUGACUCCGAACCAGGGGCUGUUCUGGUACUUCUUCACCGAGAUGUUCGAACACUUCCGAGAGUUCUUUAUCUGGGUGUUCCAGAUCAACGCCUUCAUCUACACGGCACCACUUGCUGUCAAGCUGAGGGACGAACCUCCUCUGCUGUGGUUUAUGCUUGUCGGUCUCAUGGCGAUAUUUAAAUCGUACCCAUCGAUCGGUGAUGUCGGACUCUACCUGGCAAUGCUGCCUCUGUGGAGUCACCUGACAAAAUGUAAGCAAGGUAGGAUUAUGAUCACCACGCGAGAUAGCAGUGUAACUGAUAUCGUCUCUGGACCCGUCUAUAAGGUUUCCAUAUCGCCAGGCAUGAGUAAGGAUCAAUGUCUAGAAGCAUUUGCAAGGUGGACAAACAUUGACAUGCAACAGCUGCCCCCUGAGGCAACUCUGAUCUACAAGGAAUGCAGCGGGCUACCGCUCGCAAUCACCAUGCUAGGGGCACUACUGCGGGACCAUCCAAACAGGUGGCAGUUCUACCUGGAGAAGCUGCAGCAGCGUGACCUGCGGCGCAUCAAGAAGAUGCUUGCCUACGAGUACCCGACGCUCGCCGAGGCCAUCGACAUGAGCAUCAGCAACCUGGAGCCGUGCUGCCAGCGCCUCUACCGAGACUUCGCCGUGUUUGCUGAUGGCAUGAAGGUGCCGACGGAGGUGUUCUGCAGCCUCUGGGACAUGGACGUUGAGGACGUUGAGGACGUUAUGAAGGCUCUGGCGGACAAGAGUCUUGUCUACCAGCAGCCGAGGGAGCCGGGCAGUGACGACCUCCUGCACAGCAUACACGACCUUCAGCUUGACUUCCUCAAGCUGGCCACGCCGGACAUCAGCAAACUUCACCAAAAGUUUGUCGACAGUUACAAGCGAGUGUGUCGUGGAGAGUUGUGGAACCUACCCAACGAUGGCUACAUUCACUGGUUUCUGCUUUACCACUUGUUCAAGGCUAGGCUUUACAGUGAGGUCGCAGAGGUGCUACUGGAUCUCAGGUUUGUUGAUGCAAAGGUGCGAGUGACGGGGCCGGCAGACCUUCUACACGAUUACAUACGCUACGGCAAAGUGAUUGACCACCAUGCUCCGUCAAAGAAGAGGGACUUUGAGCAGUUUGUAAGCGUCCAUGCACACCUGCUCGCGGGCGCUGAGAUGCCGGAUGUGAUGCAGCUGGCACUGUGCCAGCCUUCCGACACGGAGGUCUACAGACAGGCCAGGGUGCACGCCGAGCAUAACCCGUGCAGCUUCUAUCUGAAUUGGUGCAAUAAAGCGUCGGUACUGAACUCCUGCCUACUGACCACCAAGCUGCACAAGGGCGCUGUGCGGUAUGCGUGCUUCACACCCGAUGGCAGCAAAGUCUUUUCCGCAGCAGCUGAUAACAUGGUGAAACUGUGGGACGCUCAGGCCGGACAGGAGCUGUUUGCAUUCAUGGGUCACAGGGACACCGUUUACUGCUGCGCGCUGUCCAGCGACGAUCAGCGAUUGGUCACCUGCUCGGCAGACGGCACGGCAAAGUUGUGGAGCGUUGACAAAAAACUGCUUGGGAAAACGCCCGAGCAAUUGUCUGACUCUCCGCCCGUGAAGGAAGGCAAGGGUCCGUCACCGAAUCUGAAGGAUGAGACGACCCACCCGAUGUUCUAUGAGAGCUACAGUUCUUCGCUCACUAAUCCUGAUUCUGACGAGGACAACUCACUACACACGUUCACCGGUCACAAGGGUGAUGUGCAGGGGUGCGCGACAUCACACGCUGGAUACAGGGUAGUCACUUGCGGCCUCGACUGCACGGUGCGAUUGUGGAACAUGGACACGCUGGAACAGGAGCUGCUAUUAUCAGGUCACACAGGAGCUGUCAACGGCUGCCAUUUCUCCCCGGACGACGCGCGCAUCCUUUCCUGCUCAGACGAUCAGACGGCUAUCGUGUGGGAUAGCGCAACUGGUGGCGCCCUCGUGACCUAUGCGGGCCACCGCGGAGGCGACCAUGGCACGGGCGUGACAUCGGCAGGAUUCUCCUGCGAUGGCACACUGGUAGCAUCGUGUGCCGACUCCCAGAUACAGAGAUUUGGUGAUGAAAAAGUGUAUGGUCUGGAUGUUUGCUCAUAG